AUGGACUCAGCUGGCCCUUAUAUGCUAGGGGAUUUAACAGAACGUGACUCUUGGCUUCUCUUUCAAAAGAUAGCAUUUACGCAGUGGCAAGAGCCGGGUGUUGAAGCGAUAGGGGAGGAGAUUGCGAAAAUGUGUAUGAAUGUGCCACUUGUUAUACGCAGUAUAGGAGGCCUCUUAGCGGGUAAACAAACACUUCAGGAAUGGAAGACCUUCAGAGAUGAUCAACUUAAACAUUUCUCCUCCUAUGGGCGUGAUGUCAUACAGACACUUAAACUUAGCUUCGAUCAGCUGGAUGCAAGGCAAAAACUUUGUGUUGCUUAUUGUUCCUUGUUCCCAAAGGGUUUUGUAUAUGAUGAAGAUCAGAUGGUUCGUCUCUGGAUCUCCUUAGGAUAUGUUGUGCCUCAGUAUAGAAGCCAAAGCUUGGAGGAAGCAGCUAGCGCAUACAUGCUCAACCUGGUAAACUGUGGCUUUUUCAAGAUAGAACAAACCUAUGACUUUGGCACUGGAGUCCGUUUGACAAUGCAUAACAUGAUGCACGAUCUCGUGCUCUCUGUUUCUGGGUUCAGGUAUAAGAUGGCAGAUUCAGACACACGUGAAUUUGAUGAACAAGUUCGUCAUCUGUCUUUUGGUGGUACAAUAUCAGAAUCUUGGGUAGUCCCUUCCUCUCUAUUCAGAACUGAACAUCUGCAAUCAUUCCUCUUAGUAGUGUCUAGGCACUGUAAAUUGACACUAAAGAAUUUGUCAAUCAAUGAUAGAUCAAUUUUGAGACUUAAAUCUUUGAGGGUAUUGGACCUGCAUAGGCUGGGGUUAAAGAUCGUGCCAAGAUCUCUUGGUGAGCUACAGUGCUUGCGUUAUCUCAAUUUGUCAUACAAUCCUAUGGUUAAACUCCCCAAUUCAAUCACAAGGCUCGUGAAUUUGUUGUCACUUGAUUUGUUUGGCUGCUACAAACUUGAAGAGUUACCAAAGGACAUGAGUAGGUUGGUAAGGUUGAGACAUCUCACAGUUGGAUACUGUAAUGCAUUGAGUCAUAUGCCCAAGGGGUUGGGGAACUUGACAGAUCUUCGAACACUCGACAUGUUCAUACAAGGAGAGCAGAAUUCGGAGAACGGAUCAAAGGCCGACUGUGUAGGAGGGUUAGCAGAGCUAAAUAGCCUAAAAAAUCUAAUGGGAAAGUUAACAUUACGGAUCUUUGGGAGGUCAAUGGAUACAGUUUCAGAAGCUAAGGCAGCAAACUUGAAGAGCAAAGAUAAGCUUUUAGGCUUGAAUUUAGAGUUCAUUGAUGGUAGCCUAAAACAUGAUGAGAUAGUUAUAGAAGACCUCCAACCCAAUUCUAAUUUAAAAGAACUGUUGAUAUAUGGUUAUGCAGGAGAGAGGUUACCAAGCUGGAUGUUGGAUCGCCUUCACUUUUGGCUUCCGAAUCUUGUUAGCAUUUGGAUACUCCAGUGCGAAGGCUGCAGAUACCUUUGCUCCUUUGGGAGGCUUCCUCAUCUUAAAAAUCUGAAUCUUUUAGAUUUAGACAAUGUAGAGUAUAUUGAGAAUUGUUCUGGGAGCAAUGAAAGUAGUAACGACAUCUUGCAUAAGCACCAUGCUCCCUUAUUUCCAUCACUCGAGAAUCUCUGGCUUCGGAACAUGCCUAAAUUAAAGGGAUGGAAGAGAAUUAUUUCAAAUAGUGAAGCAGAUUCAAGACAACCCACCCAGAAUAAUCUCCUUGAGCGAAAACUGGCAUUCCCCAGAUUGAAGCAUAUGCAGGUCGACAAAAUAAAGUGGGUAUUAUUAAUCACAGGGGAGUUUAGAGGUUUUACCUUGGAACAGCUAACAGUAAGCAGAUGUGAAGACCUCAAUGCCAUACCAGAGUGGACAACCAACCUUUCCAGCUUGAAGAUGCUUACACUUGAAAAUUGCUCUAAGAAGCUACAGGAGAGGUACUUGAAGCCAACAGGCGAAGACUGGCCCAAAAUCCAGCAUAUCCCUACUAUAAGCAUUUUCGGGUCUGGGGGUCCAUGUUUACAGCGUGAGUAUGAAAAGGCGGGUUGA